CUGAACAGCUGUUGUUUGUAAAACAAAUAAGCAACAUGAAUUCAAACGGAUUGGAUUUGGGUGUUUGCUUUAUGUAUUUCGCCGCUAAGGAGAUAAUAAAGAAAAAGAAAGCUAAUCGUCAUGCCAGAAAAAACGAUUACUUGCUUAAGAGAAACGUAAACGGAAGAUUUGCAAGCGAUUUCGACAGAAUGGUAAAGACGCCAACAGUUUUCUUUGAAAACUUUCAUAUGUCGGUCAGCAACUUUGAGGAAUUGUUCACCUUAGUAAUGCCUCGUUUGGUACAGAACAGAACUUCCCGUUCGGAUGCAAUACCACUGCAAGCAAAAUUGGCCCUUACCCUGGAGUACCUCGCUUGCGGAUCCUUGCAACGUCCUGUGGCCUCAUGCUACCACAUAAGUGAGCAAGAUGUGGGUGUUAUUAUUCCACAAGUUUGCGAUGCUAUAUGUGUGGCGUUGUCUGGUGAUAUCGAGGCAUGGGAUGUAAAAGCAAUGAAAACAAGAGCUCAGGAGUUUCAAGGACUAUGUCAAUUUCCGAAUUGUAUUGGGGCUAUAGGUAGCAAGUAUGUUGCCAUAAAAGCUCCACCUAAUUGUGGUAGUGCUUUUUAUAAUUCUAAGGGCUUUCAUUCAAUAAUACUAGUAGCUAUAUGCGACGCAUCCUGCAGAUUUACGUUUAUAGACGUUGGUGCAUAUGGAAGCGAAGGAGACAUGAAGGCAUUCUCAAAGUCUUGGAUUGGAAGGGAGCUACUGGAGGGUAACAUGGAGUUUCCUGAAGACACCACGCUCGGUGGAGUUCGGACUCCAUAUUUCUUGGUUGCAGAUGAUGCUUUUCCGCUACACAAGCGGAUCAUGAAGCCAUACGUCUCCCGCAACCUUACUAAAGAGGAAAGAAUUUUUAAUUACCGUUUGAGCCGAGCCCGACGGUGCAUUGAAAAUGCUCUUGGCAUUUUAAGUGCGAGGUGGGCUGCUGUGCAACCCACUAUACUAUGCCAUCCUGACAGAGCCCAAAAAAUGAUUUCUGCAGCUUGUGUGCUGCAUAAUUAUUGUAUGCGAACCAACCGGGCUAACUACGAGUUAGUCUGUGAGCCUGUGAUUUCUGUGGAGUCUACCGAUUCAGAUACAAACCGUGGGCGGCCUCGCGAAUAUCCGAAAUUUGUGCGAAAUAAUAUAAAAAAUUAUGUUAAUUCGGAUAUGGGAUCUGUUCAAUGGCAAGACGAUUAUGCAGGCAUUUAAAAUAAUUAAGAAAAAGAAAAGAAAUAAAUAUGUAGUAAUUUUA